CCCUUUUAUCAGUUUAUUGACAUAAAACUUUUGAAAAGUAUCUCUGAAAACACAAUACCAUUAUGGCUGCUCUCUUUCAUGGGGAAGGAAGUAGUAGCAGUGAGUUAUCCCAAGGUCAAGCCCAUUUGUACAAGCAUAUGCUUAGCUGCAUGAGUUCUAUGUCUCUGAAAUGUGCAGUUCAGCUAGGCAUACCAGACAUAAUCAACAACAAUGGCCAAGGCCAAGGCCAACCCAUUACUCUUCCUGAGUUGGUCUCUGCCCUUCAACUUCCUCCAUCCAAAACUGGCUUCGUCCACCGUCUGAUGCGCCUAUUAGUACACUCUGGCUUCUUCACAUCAAAAAAAGUUAUUUGCCAAAAUGAAGAAGAAGAAGAAGAAGAAGAAGAAGCAUAUGGUCUCACACCUUCAUCUCGAUUGCUUCUGACUAAAGGCAAUAAUGAGGUCCCAAGCUUGUCCCCCUAUGUUCUCGCAGUGCUUGAUCCAGCUUUUGUAAAUCCCUCCCAUUUUCUUGGAAGUUGGUUCCAGCAGAAAGAUGCAGCUGCAAGUACAACAACGCCAUUUCAAUUAGCUCAUGAGGGGACGAGCUUGUAUGAGUAUUGGGGCAAGAAUACUGAAUUCGGUGCGAUUUUCGAUGAAGGAAUGGCCAGUGAUGCAGGAUUGUUGAAGGUUGUUAUCAAGGAUUUCAAGCCUGUUUUUGAGGGACUAACUUCAUUGGUCGAUGUAGGCGGCGGUAAUGGAGCAUUCUGCAAGAUUCUCAUUGAAGCAUUUCCUCACCUGAAAUGCUCAGUGCUUGAGCUAUCACAUGUGGUUGCUGAUUUGCCUAAUACUGAAAACUUGAAGUUUAUUGAGGGUGACAUGUUUCAAGCAAUCCCUCAAGCUGAUGCAAUUCUACUCAAGUCUCUUCUACGUGGUUGUAGUGAUGAGGAAAGCCUGACGAUUUUGAAGAAAUGUAGAGAAGCUAUUCCAAGCAAUGGAGGAAAGGUUGUGAUUAUAGAAAUUGUAAUAGACAACACAAAAGAUGAACAUGAACUAUUGGAAGCAAAGCUCUUUUUUGAUUUAUUAAUAAUGGUCAUUCUCCCUGGGAAAGAGAGAAGCCAAAAAGAAUGGGAAAAACUCAUCUUGAAAGCUGGUUUCACUCGCUAUAAAAUUACACCCCUGUUUGGUUUAAAGUCACUAAUUGAGGUUUUUCCUUAAUUAGAAUCAAACAAAUAAAUCAGUGUGUGUUAUGCAACCCUUGAAAUAAGCAUAUGAUCCAACUAUUGUGACUAUAAUUGAGCACAAUAAAAUUGUCAAUAUGCAGAGUGUUCAUCAGCAAGGGAACCCUAGUUUUUUUUUCGAUCACUUUUUCCUGUAUUAUUUGCUUUCGUGUAAUGGAAUUGGAAACAAAAUCUUCAUGAUAUGGAGAUUUUAGUUCUUUAAGUAACUAUUAUACUUUUACCAAAAAAAAAUAAAAACUAUUAUACUUUUAGUUUUAUGGUAGAGUUGGACUUUGGAUAAAUGGAAUCAUAUCUUCAAUUUUGAUUA